CUUGAUUUAACCUUAACCCUCCUUUCCCCAGUCCUAUAAAGCUGCCUGGUUAUUUUCUUUAUAGUUUGAGUCCUGCAAGAUAUUACCUUCAGUUCUGUUAUAUUAGCUCUUCCAAUUUAAUACAAAAUGGGAACUGAGGAUAAUCAGCCUAUUAGUGGAAUUCACUAUCCAUCACGUUCGAAUCCGGUUAAUGUGGUGUCCAAGAUUCCUGCAUUUUGGAAUCAAGACUCCUGCAUUGCCAUUAAGAGUGUUGAAGGGGGAGCCCCAAAAGAUCCAUCUGGAGAUGUUUUCGAAUGUUCGAAAGAACGAGGUGAAAAGAAACAUAAGAUGGGGCAAAACGAUGACAGUGCGAGAUGGAAGAGUAGCGGGGAGCCUCGAAAGGAAAAUUAUGUUCAUGUGAGGGCUAAAAGAGGCCAGGCAACAAACAGUCACAGCCUUGCAGAAAGGGUUAGGAGAGAAAAAAUCAGUGAAAGAAUGAGACUGCUUCAAGAACUAGUCCCAGGCUGCAAUAAGAUUGCUGGGAAAGCGGUGAUGCUCGACGAGAUUAUUAAGUAUGUGCAGUCACUCCAGCAACAGGUUGAGUUCCUGUCAAUGAAGCUUGCAGCUGUGAAUCCAGAGAUGAAUCUUGAUGCUGAGCAGAUAUUAUCCAAUGAUAUCUUUCUGCCAGGAUUGAAUAUUUCCCACAGAUCUUUCACUUGCAUCCCAGGCUCAACCCUAUUGCAUGCUUUACCUCAGAAUGUAUGGGACAAUGACCUGCAGAGUAUUCUCCAAAAGGGAUUUGAUUCCAUGAGUAGUAGGGGACCAAAUGAUAGGUGACAACUAUGAUUUAGCUUGUUUAGUAAUCAGUAGUGCGGUCAAAGAUGAAAUACUUAUCAAAAGGUGUUGAUUGAAAUGAAAUGAAGUUAAGUCGUUUAAGUAUAAGGUUGAAAUUUAAAACUA